AUGUUUUAUGCCAUUUUCCAACACGCAAUGAAUAAAAUAAUGUUUUUUUUUCUUUUUCUUCUGAUAAAGAGUGACGGUGAAAUGUGCGGUAAGAAACAACGGAAUGUUUUUACGGUGCACGAUACAUAUCGUGAAACAUAUUCGGCGACAACGAUACCCGAAGAAAAUUUCACCGGGUGGCUUUAUAAUGAGGGACCCCAAGAACCCGUUUUGUCAAAAGAUUCCCUGUCAAAAAAUGAUUCAAUAGAAUAUCAUGAAUUAUGGAAUUUGGAAGAAAAUCGUUCUAUAGUGAUUCGUUGUCCUUAUGGAUGGCGUCCAGUGGGUCCGUUUUGUUCCACUAUUUCUCUCGUUCCAGUGUAUACAGAAUGUCCUAUGAAUUUUAGACGGUUUCAUUCCACUGGAGGAAAUCCUGUAUUUUCCUCUUCUGAUAACCCUGGAUUUUGUCAACGUGAAGAUGUAUUAGGAGUUACACUGACAUGUCCCGAAACUUUUGUACCCAUUUCUCCUCUGGAUACAUUAAAUACUUCAGUACUCGAAUGUCGCCAAGUCAAAGUGUCUCCAGUUUCAGAAAUAUUAGCAACAUUGAAUUCAACAACGCCGCAGUCAAUGAAUAAUUCUAUGGUAUGUCCCGUAGGAACUUUUUUUAAAAAAAAAUACGGAGGAUGCGUAGGAGUUAAAAGAGUUCCCCCUGAACCGAGUUGCCCAGAUGGGUAUCAAUUAACAUCGAAGGUGUAUGACCCUUAUGCAUUUUAUGGAAAAAGAAAUCUUGUGUGCACUCGUUUAGUUCUCAUCAAAGGAAAAUUAUGGUGCCCUAAAGGUUACGAAUUAUCUGGGGAAUUUCAACCAUCAUUACCUUUCGGCACAGUUAUUACGGAAAAACAUGCUGACGGCAAACGCUUCGUUUAUACAAAGGAAGCGUCAAUGUUACUAAAAUCAACAUGGUUAAGUGCAACAGGAUUCUCUUUUCUUGUUGGAAAGCCUAUAUGUUUUCAGGUUUUAUUUAUUCCCGCAUCUAGUUGCAACACUAUUGAAUGUGUUGAUCCAUUUCUAAAAGACCUACGCAGUCUCUUGAUAGGGUGGAGUUAUCAUAAAUUAUUAACGGAUCCAGACUAUAUUGUUUAUAUGGCAAUCCCUGGUGGUAAAGAUUUUAAGAUGACGUCAAGUGCUUUGCGUGUACGUCACUAAGGUGACGUCGCAGACAAAACAUCAUACCGACAAACAUUAUGGAUUUCUUUAACCAAAAUUUGGUUAAUGUCAACGUCGUAAAUGUUUUAUUGGGAAUCGAGACAAAUUUUCUAACGAUUAUCCUACAAAAAGGAAGUAAAAACAACAUUGCUCUCGCUUUAUAAUGUUUCUAAUUUUAAUAAAUUGUAAAGGUUAUUGUAAAGUCGGAAUAUUUAUUUUUUGUAUUCAAUUUUGUGUGUAACAUGAAACAAUAUUAAAGAAGAAAAAAAAUAUUUUUCACA